AUGCCGGAGCGGCAGCCGCAGCCCUGCGGAUCCGUGCGGGCCCCGCUCGGGCUCCUGUGGGAGAUUGGGGCUGGCUGGAGCUGCUGCAGCCGUCGGGAUGUGCAGGGCUUUGCACAGAGGAUGUUCAGCAUCCCUAACCGGAUUUGGGGAUUUGCACGGGGUGGGAAUGGGGGCAGGAAUCAGCCCCUGGGAUUGGAGCUCCGUCCAGGAGUGAUGGCUCCUCCUGCUCUCAGGAGCUCCCCAGCAGAGAGCAGGAGGUUGAGCAGGGACGGAGCGCCCUGGAUUUGGCACCUCCUGCAGGAGCGUGCACGGGCUAUUGUCACUGAUGCUUUUUAUGAGAACAAGGACCUAAUUAUGAUUUCACAAUUUGUGUACUGUAAGCUCAAGAAUCAGAAGGUGACAAAAGGCAGUCCCAGCCUGAGGAAUUUGGGCACAGACUGGAUUGUGGGGUGUGGAGCUCUGAGUGGCACUGCCCUCUGUCAGCUGCUCCUCAGGAACCAGCAGCACAGGCCAGCAAUCCCAAGGACUAAUAGCUCUCCUGACCUGACUGAAAUGCCAGGCUUCAUUUGUGGCUGUGUGUCCUGUGUUGUCCUGGGCAGCAGACUCCCUCAGCUCUGUAAAAACCUCCAGAGAAGAUGCACAGAAGGCACCUUUUACCUGCUCUUUGCCUUGGCCAUGAUGGGAAACUGCACCUGUGGACUGAGCCUUGUUCUAAAGAUGCCAAAACCCAAAUCCUCCUGGGCCCUUUUCUUUGUUCACCACCCUCCCUGGCUCAUUGGGAGCUUUGGAGUUUUGUUCCUUGACAUUUUGGUACCAUUUUCCUGUUACAGCUAA